AAAUGCCCUUGCCUGAGCGCUGAGCUUGGAGAGGCAAAGAGAAAGGAGAGGGCUGCUGGAAGGUGAUGAAGACUGGAAGAUUGGAUAAGUGUUCAGAUUAAAAAUAGAAAGCUCAUUAGAUUGAGGUGUGGGUUAGAUAGAUAAAAUAAAGAGAAACUAACAAAAAUAUUCUGUUUUUUCUUUGGGAAAAAGCUGGAAGCCACUUCUUUUUUAAUUAUUUUCCCAGUCUGUUUUUUCCCCCCCAUCUGUACGGAUUCUCCUCCUCUUCGUCUUCUUUUUCUUCUUCUUGCUCUCCUCUCCGACAGACAGUACCACCAUGGAAACUGGGAGCCCCAGAAAGAUUCAGUUUACCGUCCCCCUGCUGGACACCCACCUGGACCCAGAGGCAGCAGAACAAAUCAGAAGACGUAGACCAACUCCUGCCACUCUGGUGGCAUCCAGUGAUCAGUCCUCACCUGAAAUAGAUGAAGAUCGGCUCCCAAACCAGUUGUAUAAGGCUGCCUUGUUGAAUUCCCCUCGACAACGAAGAAAAGGACAAAAGGGGACACCAACAAUGAAAGAGCUGCAGUUUCUAGUAGAACAUCACCUUUACCGACAGCAACAGGGAGCAGGAGACGAAUGUUCCUCAGAGAGCUGUUUGUCUGACCGGCCCAGUCCUGACUCUGUUCCUACUGGGGAGGAACUCCCACAUGAUGACGAGGCUACUACAGAGGCCUUUGAAAAAUUACGCUUCCAAAUGGAAGAGUUCUCCAGGGAGAGUCUAUUAGAUGCUGGCGGUGAACUUGAGUGCCCCCUCUCUAAGGAGAAAAACGAUUGUUCCAGUGCAGCCAGCAUAGCUGAUCCCUUGUCCCAAAAAAAAACUGCACGAAAAGACACAGAAGCAGGAGCUUCCAGUGAAAAUCAGCCAUCAGAGAAGAAUACGAAGAAAGGCAGCCUGGAGACAAAGAAAUAAAGACGUCUGUGCAGCCAAGUGUUGUCUAGUCUGCUCAGUCAGCCCAACAGAGUGACAAAGGAUUUUUAGUGCAGUUCCGGAAGCAUCAGAAUAUUUCUAUCCCUCUACAGCUGGGCCUUAGUUACCACCUUGAGAACAAGACAAAAUAUUUCUACAUUUAUUUCGGAAAAAUAAAUAGUUUAGAAAACAAUAAUUAAACAUAAUUUGUUAUAAUGUUUAAUUCAUCAAACUAACUAUCUGUGAGUAUAAAUCUGUGAUUUAUGCUUCAGUAACAAAAUCAUAGUGAUGCUUAAUACCUUAUAUUCCCUGUAUUGAUUGGGAAAAAACAGACAUGGCCUCUUAUAUAUUUUUACACAUGUUUUAUUCAUUUCAAAUCAGUAAAAUGGAUCAUUACAUCAUAAACAACUAAAACUAAUGAAAUGGUUUCAGUUUAAACCCUGAUUACAAACAUAAUCCCAAACUGUACAAUUAGUAUGUCUCAUUUGUGAAGAGUAAAAAUAGUUUUGAAUGCGUAUAAUGAUUACAUUUGCCACAUUUCAUAAUAAUAACCCUUAAAUUUUUCAGUUUGAUAACUGUCUAAAUACUCUAAGCUAUGAUAUUUGUUUUGUCAUCAAUAACCUUAAAAUUAUACAAAAAUUAAAUAACUUAUUUUCAAAUAAGUGUAUCACAAUUUUUUGUUAAACUUUCACCAACAUAACAAGUGUCUUAACAUACUGUACAUUUCCUUUUCCAAAAGUGUUUCAAGUAAGUUAUUUAAUACAUACCACUUCAGUGAUUGUCUAGCACUGAAAGUAAAUGCUUCUGAAAAUAAAUUACAAAAAAAUUACCAAAAUACCUGAAUGGUUUUGGUCACCAGAGUGCACUAGCCACUAUUUCAAACCUGGUGUAUCACACUUUAUGUGCAGGAAUUACUUUUACAAUCUCAUUUUAUUUAAACUUAAUUUGAAGAUUUUUUAAUGUGCAAUAAAUGAUUAUCAUAUAGCACAAUAUACCUAACAAGUAUGAGGUUUUUAUUUAAUGGUAUGAUUGGUUUUACCUUUAAGUGCUAUGGAAAAUAUUGACUUCUUUUGCAAACAUAUACCUAAUGACAGACAGGAAAACAUUUUCAUUUUGUAUUGAUUUUGUAUCGCAUUAUUUUUCUUCACUCUUGUAAACCAUUUUAUGGACACAAUCACUUAAUUUAUUAUUAAUGUUUAAUCAUACUGCUUAUUUUUAUUUUUUUUUACCCAGAACCUCUCAUCUAAUUGCUAGAUUAUUUUCUGAUUAUUUGCCAGAAAUUGU